UUUUCAAUCUAGCUUUAUUAUUACUCUGAUUUUCUGCCAGCACUGCUCCUAAGACAGAUGCUAUUGAUUAGAACGGCGAUAAAAUCCAGUCAAGCGCAAUUAUUACCCGGAAAUCUUCCACGCCGACGCCAUAACGUUAGAUAAUAGCAAUCAAUCAUUACAAGCAAACGUCUGAAGAGCAAAUUAAUUGCAAAAGGGCGAGGCAGGAAGAUGGCAAAGCUCGAUGAACGAAUUGGCUUCAUUGGAGGCGGCAAUAUGGCUUUUGCCAUUGGCAGCGGCCUCGUUAGCUGCGGCAUUGUGAAGCCCAGCCAGGUGCUGGUCUCGGGCCCGCAUAUCGAGAACCUAGCCCGUUGGCGGGAGCUGGGAGCCGUCACCACCGACGAAAACUGCGAAGUUCUGGAGCACACAGACAUUGUGUUCAUUUGCGUCAAGCCGCACAUCCUGGGACCCUGCGUCGCUCAGCUCAAAUACAAGCAUGUGCCGUCCGCGAAGGACGCCAGCAAGCUCAUCGUUUCCGUGCUGGCGGGCACCACACUCAAGACCCUAGAGGAAAAGUUCGACUUUAUCGAGAGUUCGGGCCUGAAGGUGAUCCGCACGAUGCCCAACACAUCCAUGCAGGUCGGCGAGGGCUGCACCGUGUACACGGGCAACUCUCGUGUCACUCACCAGGAUCUGGAGAAGGUGCACCUAAUGCUCAACGCACUGGGACUGGCGCAGCAGGUGCCGGAGCACAUGAUCGACGCCGUCACCGGCGUGGCUGGCUGUGGCCCAGCCUUUGUCUACACAAUAAUCGAGGCUCUGGCCGAUGGUGGUGUCAAGCAGGGUGUUCCCCGUGCCAUGGCUCUGCAGUUUGCAGCUCAGACCCUACUGGGCGCAGCCAAGACUGUUCUCAUCACCGGCAAGCACCCGGCCGUGCUGCGCGAUGAGGUGUGCUCACCCGGCGGCUCAACCAUUGUGGGUGUGCACGAGCUGGAGAAGGGCAAUCUCAGGGCCACGCUCAUAAAUGCCGUGGAAAAGGCGACGCAACGCUCGGCCGAGCUGGGCAAGAAGUGAAGGAAGAGGCGUCUCCCCAUGCUCUCUACGUACAGAAUGCAGUUCCAUUUCAGUUACAAACUUAAUGUUGCUACUAUAAUUAUGACUAAUAUAAACGUUUCACUUUAUUCACGA